UGUGUGUCUCAAAGCGAGGCUGUGUGUUGAUACCACAGUGUGGCCGCGAAGUCGAAACGUGAACUCUUAUAACUGGCCACAAAGUGGACAUAAAACACAUGGAGUACAAAAAAGUUGGAUAUAUAUCGAAAAAGUCGUGGCUAUCGAGCGAGCCUUGAUCACGACUUUGUGUGUAGCAACUUAGUGGACUUAUUCAGCGGCGUGGAAACGGGACAAGCUUCGCUCGCUUUUACAGGUGAGAGAGGUAGGUCCCCCGAAACAACACUGUGUGUAUAUUCGGCCUCUACGGUGGGUCGCGGACCUCAAAUGUGAAUCUCAGCCUGUGCGAGGCGUGAAAACGACCAAUGCCAGUAAAGUCAGAUACUAUGCUUAUCACUGUGUUAUUUCGGAAGUGUACCAUGUGCUAAUUGCAGUGCGGAGACUAUAUUCACCUGUCGUGUCAAAUGCAAUUUGGACGUGCGUUAUUGUGUACUCGACUAUAAACAGAUCCAGGCCUCAAACAACAACGAACCUGGAAGCUUGGAAUACGAAAAGGAUAUACGUUAUUGUGAUACCUCGGAGUGAUUAUUUGACGGUUUGUGUAUGCUGUCAUGACGUAUUCCGUUAUAGAUUAAUGUCAACUAUAGCGACAAAGCCAUUUCGCCGUUACCAUGUGUAAAUGAACUGAAUGCGCGAUCUUCAGAUUACAGGUGUAAAUGUAUAGUGCUUGUAGGCAACUGGAUGAAUGACCAAUUUUAAGAAAUAUGGUGAAGAUUUGAUAGAAAAUAAUAUUUGCUGGCCGCGCAAUGAGUGCCUAUACGCCAGCAAUGAGGGUCGGGAAAGGAGAGAGAAAAUGGGGGACUCGAUUGCUUGUGUUGUUUCUGCUUGCGCUCUCACCCUCCAAGUCAAAACAACAACAAAUAAAAGAGACAUUUGAAGUGAUGGAGGAAGAACCUCCGGGUACUAGAAUUGGUAGAAUUGGUGCUUCCAAUAGCAACAUAGUACCCCCUAUAGAGUUUGUAAUUCCUGAAAAUAAUUUCAGAUUAGAUCAGCAAACAGGAACCCUUUUUACCAAAUUACGACUUGACAGAGAAAGUAAAGACCUCUACUCAUUUUAUGUUCAGGAUAGUAAUAGUGAAUUCAUUGAUGUCCAAGUGCGGUUAGUGGAUAUAAAUGAUAACAGUCCUAGUUUCCCAAAUAAGACUCAGACACUGAGAAUAUCGGAAGGAGCUCCUAAAGAAGCCAAGUACCCCCUAGGCACUGCCACAGAUAGAGAUUCAUUAUUUGGAAUCCAGGAUUGUAGAAUAGUUUCUGGAAACGAUGAGCAACAUUUUCGAUUAGAAACACGAACAUCUGGGAGUUUUGAUUGGCUUUUAGACUUACUUAUAAACAAAGAACUUGAUUACGAAACUCAAUCAAGAUAUGACCUGGUGAUACGAGCCUCAGAUGGAGGGAAUCCACCCAAAACUGCAGAACUUAAUCUAGAAAUUUUGCUCAUUGAUCAAAAUGACAAUCAGCCCCGCUUUACUCUCAGUCGAUAUCAUGCUUUGAUACCAGAGAACACAACCAUCGGAACAAGUGUUUUGCAAGUUUCAGCAACAGAUGAUGAUGCUGGAGAGAACGGAAUUGUCACCUACCAAUUGGAUCCUCAAUCGGAAAGAGCAAAGUAUUUCCGUGUGGAUCCGGUGACAGGUGUGGUCAGGGUUAACAAACCCCUUGAUUAUGAAACAAUUCCAAAUUUUCGGGUAGCCAUUUUUGCCAAAGAUAAUGGCUCCAGCCCACAAAGAGCCAGCGCUGCUUUGGAAAUAGAUUUGAAAAACAUCAACGAAUUGCCUGCAAAUAUCAGCCUUACUUUUCUACAAUCAGAUGGAAACAAAACGGGUAAAAUAUCUGAAAAUGUUCGUGAAGGUACACUUGUUGCAAGAAUUUCAAUCACUGAUCCCGACAGUCCAAAGGAAUAUUUUGAUGCAAAUAUUACCCUUCUUGGGGGUGAUGGUGUCUUUGACCUCCAUGAAUCAAGCGGAGUAGUGUACCUCAUCGUUGUUUCCAAACCACCAGACCGUGAAGUAAAACCGUUUUAUAAUCUGACAGUUAUUGCAACAGAUGCUGGUGAACCUCCUCUUCAUGCUUCUUACUCGUUUACGAUUUGGAUAGAGGACAUUAACGACAACGAUCCAGUCUUCACACAACAGAUCUACACAGCCGAAAUUCAUGAAGUUGCUGAACCUGGUACCUACGUUGUGAAAGUUUCAGCAACAGAUCCUGACGAUGGAAACAACGCUCGGAUACUUUACAGCAUUUCGGACAGAACCCCAACGUCCUGGUUUCAAAUUGACAGUAACACUGGUCUUAUUACGACAAAGUCAGCGAUAGAUUGUGAAAUUGAAGCACAACCCAGACUUACAGUGAUUGCAUCGGAUGGUGGCGAGACCCCACGGAUAUCGUCAGCUACGGUGAUAAUUACUGUCAGGGAUGUCAAUGAUAAACAGCCAGAGUUUGAUCAGAGUUUCUACUCGGCCUCUGUUCCUGAGGACAAGGCGGUUGGCCAAUGCAUCUUACAGGUCUCAGCUAUUGACCCAGAGUGUGGACAAAAUUCACCAGUCACCUAUGACAUGGAGGGAGUUGGUCGUCCCCAGGAGUUCUCGAUCAACUCAGAUUCUGGAAAGUUGUGUAUUGCAAGCCCCUUGGAUUAUGAGCAGAACCCGACAUAUAAUUUCAUGGUCAAAGCUAGUGAUAGAGAGGGUUUGAGCACAAACACUUUGGUGAGAAUCACGGUGGAAGAUGUCAAUGACAACCGCCCUGUCUUUGACCCUGCGACCUACAAUACCAAUAUCAAAGAAGGACUGUCACUGCAGCCAUUGCUGACCGUCCAUGCACAAGACAGUGACGAUGGCGUGUUCGGGACAGUGAGAUACUCUAUCCAGAAGGGAAAUAAUCAGGGGCUCUUUGCCAUCAACCCGAGCAAUGGAGUUAUAUCCCUUGCCAAAAUGCUGCCCAAUGGAGAGAGGAUCUAUGAUCUGGAGGUUCAGGCGACUGACGGAGGUGGCCUACAGGCCAGCCAGCCAGCCAGGGUCAAGGUCAGCAUCACUGGAGCCAGUGCCUUUCCACCGACUUUCAACCAUCUCUUGUACAACUUCAGCAUCAGCGAGGGUGCAGGCGCUAACCGUGUCAUUGGGAGCAUCUCUGCAACAUCAGAAGAUCCACACUCACCGAGAGUGAAAUACAGGAUCCUGUCUGGUGGCAAUAAUUGGUUUGCCAUUAGUGCGUCCACCGGCUCCAUCACAGCGGUAGGUGACCUGGACCGAGAGACCAGAACCUCUGUGCUCCUCAGUGUGGAGGCGGAGGCAGGAAACCCACCCAACUUCUCCACAGCUCAGGUGAAUAUUACCAUCCUAGACAUCAACGACAAUUCUCCAGGUUUUGCAGUUAGCAACAACUACUUGGAAAUCAACGAGAGAGAGGACCGUGACAUGACUUCCAACAUCUAUGUUGUCCAGGCAACCGAUGGAGACAAUGAGAGGAAUGGAACAAUUCAGUACAGCCUACUGAACAAUCCAGGAAACUUGUUCCGCAUCGAUCCUAUGAGCGGAGAAAUCCGACUCCAGGGAAAGUUGGACUACGAGCAUCAGCAGAGAUACGAAAUGCAGAUUGUUGCUGCAGAUCAGGGAGUCCCAACACCUCGCAGUUCAACCAUGACCUUGGUGAUAAAUGUCAAGGACGUUAAUGACAACCCACCAACCUUCGCUAGAUCGGUUUAUAAUUUCAGCGUUCGGGAAAAUAUACAACUGACAGCUUCAUUUGCACAGAUAAAUGCAACUGAUCGAGAUUCAAAUGAAAAUGGGAGGGUGUUUUACAUUUUUGAAGACAGCAUGUAUUCAUCUGUGUUUGGUAUCAAUCCUCCAAACGGCAAUUUAUAUGUGAAAGAGCCAUUGGAUCGUGAAGAAAUUGAUUUGUAUGUUUUGACAGUGAUUGCAAGUGAUCACGGGAAGCCUUCGAGGCUAACAUCCACAGCACAGGUGAGAAUUCAUGUCACAGACGAAAAUGACAACAAUCCAGUCUUCUCAAGUGGAUUUUACCACUUCACAAUUCAGGAAAACCUUCCGAUCGCUAGCACCGUCGGACGAGUCAUGGCACUUGAUUCUGAUAUUAACCAAAAUGCAGAACUUCAAUUUCGGUUCCUCAAUACCCCACCCAAAUUUGUGAUUAACCCCCACAAUGGGGAAAUCACCACGAUGGAGAGGCUGGACCGAGAGCUGGAGAGUGAUGAGGUGCUCACAGUGAUUGUGUCUGACAUGGGGACCCCACCUAGAUCCGCCUCAGCAACGGUAAAGAUAGACGUCUUGGACAUCAAUGACAAUCCCCCAGAAUUUGACAGAAGAGAGCCCAAGGAAGCCACAGUGGAUGAGAACCGUCCGAAAGGGACCAAAGUGAUGCAAGUGAUUGCUACUGAUCAAGAUGCUGGCGAGAAUGGCACAGUAGCGUAUUCUCUAGCAAAUGCGCCUGGAGAGAAUGCCGGAACAAACAACUUUGCCAUCCAUGCCUCGUCAGGUUGGAUUACCACGAAGGAAGUUCUGGACUUUGAAACCAGACAGCAGUACAAGCUGGAGGUCAUCGCCCGGGACAACGGGGUCAGGUCGCAGCAGAGUAGGCAGACCAUCGUCGUUUCGGUUGGCGAUGUCAAUGACCAGGCACCUUUGUUUCAUGCAAAGAACGUCACAUUUGAUGUCGUUGAGAACACUGAUAUUGGGACCGUUGUAGGCGUCGUCACUGCCCACGAUAGGGAUUCGGGUGAAAAUGGCCGUGUAUCGUACUACAUCAUAUCAGGAAAUGUGUUUAGCCUUUUCACAGUGGACCGCAUUACAGGGGAGAUAACUAGUAUUAGGGAAAUCGAUUACGAGGAAUCGUCAUCUCACAUACUGGGAAUUCGAGCCAUCGACAACAACGCACUAUACCCCAAGAGCAGCAACAUAAGCGUGACAAUUCGGGUUGUGGAUAUCAAUGAUAAUGCUCCAGUCUUUGAACAAGAUCCUGUUCUGCUGAGAACUGUCAAGGAAAACACUCCCACGGGUCAUGCAGUGUACACAUUCACAGCAACUGAUAAAGACUCUGGACAGAAUGGAACUGUUCAGUACAGAAUCACCAGUGAAUCCUACUCCGGGCCAAAUCCAGAUGCUGGUAGCUAUUUCAUGAUCGAUGCCAGUUCAGGGCAGUUGAAGAUCAAGAAAAAUAUUGAUUACGAGAAGGUUCAUCAAAUUUCCCUGAUAGUAGAAGCUCUAGACAAAUGUCCCACUCAGGACUGCAUGCUGAACGCGUCUGUAACGACAAUUGUGUAUGUGAUAGACGUCAAUGACAACAACCCCAUUUUCGAGUCACCAGCCCAGGUGGAGAUCUUUGAGGACGAAAAUGUCGACUAUCCUGUGCUGUAUCUGCUGGCUACUGACAAGGACGCUAAUGAGAACAAUAGCGGGAAUAACCUGGUCACCUACAAGAUCCUCUCCGGCAACAACGCGGACAAGUUUGACCUGGAAAGCACCACAGGCCUGCUGACUAUAGCAAACUCUCUGAACCGGGAAGAAAAGAGCUCCUAUGCUCUCAACAUCAGUGCUGAGGAUCAUGGUUCACCAAAGCGGAUUUCACACAAAGUGCUCAACAUCAUCAUCAAAGAUGUCAACGACAACGCCCCUCACUUCACCAACUCCACCUACCACGCCAGCAUCCCAGAACACGCCAGCUCCGACAGCGUUGUUGUCACCGUCCAUGCUACGGACGCCGACGUUGGCUCUAAUGCCAGACUGACCUACAUGAUUCCAAGUGGUAUUGCUGACAACAAAUUCACUAUCGACAGCACCACUGGAGUGGUCAAGGCAACCAUGUCACUGGACAGAGAAGAGAAGGAUACGUACAUUGUGUCAGUGUAUGUUCGUGACGGCGGCUACCCCACCAACUACGACCAGGCAACCAUCAUCAUCAGUAUCCUGGACAUCAACGACAAUACUCCAGUUUUUAAAAGUAAAACCUACAAACUUAACAUCCCUGAAAACAGUGAGCAAACAUCCAUCUUCGCUUUUACCGCCUACGAUGCCGACUCUGGGCAAAACGCUGACAUACUCUACAGCAUCACUGAUGGAAAUGAAGAAGGGAAGUUUUCUGUGGAUCCAAUCACUGGAGACCUGUCCUGUAAAACUUUGGACCGAGAGUCCACAGAGGAAUACAACCUGACCAUCGCAGCUACUGACCGGGGGUCCGUGCCUCGCUCUGGGGAAAGCCUAGCUUUCAUCACGGUGCUGGAUGAGAAUGACAAUGACCCCCACUUCAGUCAGCCCAUGUACAGUUCGCCCAUCCCAGAAGACAUACAGAGAGGUCACACCGUUCUGCAGGUCAUGGCCACAGAUGCUGACAAAGGUCACAACGGUGAUCUCACUUACUCCCUCGGGAACGACACUGAAGGACUGUUUAGUGUGAAUGCCUCUUCAGGGGAGAUAACCACCACUGGGUUGUUUGACAGAGAAAAGAAGAGCAGUUACUCGUUUGAUAUCGUGGCCAUGGAUGGAGGUAUUUCAGGCCCUCGGAACAGCACUGCUAGAGUUGACAUCAUCAUUAGUGACAUCAAUGAUAACGCCCCUGUGUUUGCGGAAGUGCCGUACCGACGGUCAGUGGGUCCAUCCACAGGGAGAGGGGUUGAGAUACUGACCGUAUCGGCCACGGACCCCGACGAGGGGGACAAUGGAGAUGUUGAAUAUCGCAUGGACCUGGCAUCUGGGAGUGAGCAGUACUUUGAAAUGAACGGAGCAGCCAUCAUAACCAAGAGGGACCUUGGUGGAGCCGUUGGCUACCACAAUAUACAGAUUGUCGUGAUGGACAAGGGCAACCCAGUCCUCAGCUCCACCGGAGUUGUUGAGAUCACAGUGGGAAGCCCCAGCAGCCCAUCCUUGUCUUUCACUCAGGAAGUGUAUCAUCAAACCAUUCGAGAAGAUCGGCCCAAUGGGACAGGGGUGAUUCAGGUGGGAGCUAUGUACGACUCCCACAUCGUCACUUACAGGUUCGCUGGCGGCAACAACGGCAACCCAUUCAGCAUCAACACCAACAAUGGAAUGAUCUCGGUACACAACACUGAUCUGAUCGACUACGAGAUGAGUCCAAGAGUGCGCCUGAUUGUCCAGGCUGCAGCAGGAGGAGUUGUUGCCUAUGCCACUGUCUGGGUCAACUUGACUGAUGUCAAUGAUAAUGUUCCCAAAUUUACACAGAACAAAUACAUCACUUCAGUCUGGGAGAACAACGCCCCAGAGACCUUCGUCACCAUGGUACAGGCCAAUGAUGAGGAUACAGGGAGGAAUGGUCAGGUUCUGUACAGCAUCAUCAACGGCAACAAAGACGACGCCUUCGUAAUUCAACCUCCCUACACUGGCAUCAUCAUUACAUCGAAAGAUUCCUCAUCACUGGACAGGGAGAUCCAGGACACGUAUCAGCUGACGAUCGAAGCUGUGGACCAAGGAAACCCCAGCUUGUCAUCAACCUGCAUCCUCUCCAUCAACGUCAACGACGAGAAUGACAACGCGCCUUUCUUCCGUACCUUUCAGUCCGUGCACAUCAGUGAAAUUCGUAAAGUGGGAUCCCAGGUUACUACGGUAACUGCUACUGAUGUGGACUUCCAGCCCAAGCUUGUCUACUCCUUCCAACCCAACAGUAACGGUGACGGCAGCUUCAGCAUCGACAGGUUCAGUGGCAGCAUCUCCCUGGCCAAGGCUGUUGACCAUGAAGUCAGGAACCACUAUGUACUGGGAAUUAUGGUGUCUGAUGGGAAACACAAUGCGUUCACGCAGAUUGACAUCUACAUUGACGAUGAGAAUGAUAACGCUCCAGAAUUCAGUCAGCAGAAUUACCAGGUGGCACUAGAGGAGGCCACACCCCCAGGCAGAUCUGUGAUCACCGUCAAUGCCACCGACGCCGACUCGGGGAUCAACAAGGUCAUCAACUACAGUCUCCGCUCCAACUUUAACAACAGCUUCUACAUCAACUCAAACACAGGUACAAUCUACACCAACAAGUCGCUGACCUACGAGGCCUUUUCCUCCAUCAUUGAGCUUGUGGUUAUUGCACAAGAUGGCGGCUCCCCGACUCUGUCCGACAUGGUGGCAGUCCACAUCCAGAUCACUGACAUCAACAAAUACAGUCCACAGUUUGAACAGACCAGCUAUGAAGUCAACAUCAGUGAAUUCAGUGUCAGAGGCGAGUCCAUUCUUUAUGUGAGUGCCAUCGACAGAGACAUCACUCACAUACAUCGUGAUGACAACGUUAACUACAAACUUAUCGGUGAGGGAGCCAAUACUUUCCAAAUUCGAAGAAAGACCGGCCAGAUCUUCCUCAUGAGCCAGGCCAAUCGAGAAAAUGUCUCCCAGUAUAAUCUCACAGCUGUUGCCACGGACCGCGGCCAUCCCCCGAAGAGUUCAUCCGUGCCUGUGAAGAUCAUUGUUGAGGAUGAGAAUGAUAAUCCACCUCGUUUCCAUGAGCCGGACAACAUAUACCAUGUUCUUCUCCCCGAAAAUACCCCACCUGAGAAGGUGUUUGAACAUGUAGUUGCUGACGAUGCUGACGAAGGUCUUCAUGCUGAGAUACAGUACACUAUUACAUCUGGAAACAACGAAGGCAUUUUCCAUAUUCAUGGAACUAACGGCAGCUUGUUUAUCAUGCCCGGGGCUCACCUGGAUUACGAGAGCCAUAAAUCCCACCGACUUAUUGUCAGAGCAGUGGAUUGUACGAGGUGUCUGCCAGACCAGCCGCGGUUGUCAGCAUUUGUUACAAUUCAGAUUAAUGUGUCGGAUGUGAAUGAGUUUCAGCCUGAAUUUCCCAUUUCACCUUACAACGAAUGUGUGAAGGAAAAUCAGCCCCCGAACACCACAGUGUUCCAAGCUCAAGCCAAUGAUGGGGAUGGUGGGAUGUAUGGCAUCCUCACUUACAGCAUCCUCCAAAACAGUUCCGAUGCUGGCCACUUCUCCAUCAAUAGCAAGACGGGACACAUCCUAACCAGAUCCGAGUUUAACUACGAGGCCCGGAAUUCCUACUCUUUCCACAUCAAGGUACAAGACCCUCAGUACACAAGUGUUGUUGAUGUAACAGUGAAGGUUUUGGAUGUCGAUGAGUAUGUGCCCAAGUUCUUUAAAGAGCGUUACAAUUUUAAUGUAUCGGGUAGUGCUAGACGUGGUGACUAUGUCGGACAGGUCAGUGCCACUGACCAGGAUGGAGGGAACGCGGGGAAAGUGGUGUACAUGAUUGAAUACUCUGAUGACUAUUUCGAGAUCAACCCAACAACUGGGAACAUUACUGUGAAACGGUCAUUCCAUGAAGAUGCACCUUCACAAAGACGGAAGCGUGCAUUGACAGGUGAUUCCACGCCUCUGAUUAUCAGGGCGUGGUCAGGGAGGGAGGAUUCGCUGGAAUCCACGUCCAGAGUGGAGGUUGCUAUUGAUCGUGAUUGUGAAGGAUGUGUGUAUGUUCCCCAGCCUCUUGUUGAUGGAAUGAGUAAAGUUGCCAUUGCUAUGAUCAUUGUGGUGAGUGUGUUGGUCCUGCUGGCCACCAUUAUUGUUAUAAUAUGUCUUGUGAGCAGUAGACGAAGGCGCAACAAGCGGCCUCCCCAUGACCCCAACGAAAAUGUUGACAGUGCUGCAUUUAGUUUUACGCCUCCUCCUGCCAUGCGACCUCAUAUCAAUGGUGGACCUCCGCCUUAUAAAGAACAUCUGCACUUUGGACCGGAUGCAUCUAAUGUGACAAGCUCCGAUAUAUCCGACCAAUCACAUUCUGCCUCCAGUGGCCGGGGCUCGGCGGAAGAGGAGGAAGAUGAAGAAAUAAGGAUGAUCAAUUCCAACACACAGCUUCAGAGCUCACAGACAUUCAUGCGGCGCAAACAGAUGCCGGAUUCAGGGAUUCAACAGGAUGAAGAUACCCUCUCUGAGCCAUCAGUACAAAACCACCAAGAAUAUUUAGCCAAAUUAGGUAUAGACUCUACAAAGAUUGGAAAACCUAAACCCAAAGCCCAUCAAAUUGCUCAUUCCGUGGAAAGCAUGCAUCAGUUUUCCGAUGAAGGUGGUGGCGAGGGGAAUGUAGACAUGGGUCACAGUGACUAUGAUAAGAUGACUGACAUGGAGACCGACGAAGAGGUUGCCAUGAUUGAUAGAAACAAAGACUUGGGCUUCCAUGAGCCAGAAACUCAACACGCUGGCUCUCUUUCUAGUGUUAUUAAUAGUGAAGAAGAAUAUAGUGGGUCUUAUAACUGGGACUAUCUCCUCAAUUGGGGGCCACAGUACCAACCCCUUGCUCAUGUGUUUGCUGAAAUUGCCAAAUUAAAAGAUGAUAAUGUUCAGCCAAGGAAACCUCCAGUGCGGACAGUUCCUCAAAGACAUUUAAACACACAGCUGACCCCUAAGGUCAAGAUGGUGCCACCACCCAUGAUUACUAAUGCACCACCAAAAGCCUUUGCCCCUCGCCCUAGUCACACAUCUUCCGGUAGUUCAUCCCGUGGCAUCCCUUCAGCCAGAGCUAGCACCAUGAACACUUCAAUGCCAAGCCUACCCCGCUCGCCAAUAAGCUACGACUCAAGUGUCACAUCACCAGCCCUCACCCCCUCUUUUACCCCCUCCCUGUCUCCCCUGGCAACGGGCUCCCCCUCUCCAGUUGUUAGUGCUCACGGGUCUGCGCAUAGUUCCGGACAUAAUACUCCAGGAAAAGGUGUCUCAAAACAAAAUAUCCGGCUCGCAAUGAGCGCUUCUUCAGAGUCGGAACAAGAGUUCCGGAUAUGAACCGUGACAUUGAACUAUAUGAAUGUAUUGAUUUUAUGAAACCGUAUGGAUAUUUUAUGAAUGAUUGUGAUAAGAGACCUUUCCAAUUGACAUGGUUGCAAGCAUCUAGUUGUCCGUGUUGUUAUGACGUGCUAUCAGCAUUAUGGACAAACAGUGAAAUAAUUAUGCAAAUGUGGACCAUUGUUUCUGAUGUUGCCAUAGUAACAAGGAUGCAUGUACAACCAUUCAGCAGUGCGAUGUGCCUGCUUGCUGACGUAUUGGUAAAGUGUCUAUUUUUGUAGAUCAUCUGUGUAUAUAAGUCAUUGAAUAUUUUAGUAUGGUUAGCCUGACAUCAUUAGAAGCAAGUGUACAUUAACAAUGAGAUUAUUUAAAGUGUCAUGCUUGCUGCAUAUUUAACAAAUCCAUGUCUUGUAGAUAUAUAAAGGAAUCGUAACAGUGUACAGAGUGUGAAUGGUACAAGCAUGAAUGUAGUUACCAGAUAGAACCAUUCAAACAAGGUUUUUUAAGUAAAUUAUGCCAAACUGCUGCAUCUGCAUUUUACAUUGACAUGAACACACCAAAGAUACCUGACUAUGAAAUAGACAUCUGUCAAAUUUUAUCUUGUUUGUUUAUUUUAGAAUUGUUGACACUGGCAUAUAGGUGUUUGUUCGUCUUCUGAUCACUCACAUUCCAGACAUGCCAGGAGGCGUUAUUUUAAACUCUUCCCCUCCCUGAAUAAAAUCCUUUCUUCCUUCCUUUACAGGAAAAGUUGUCUAUUUCAUUAUCAGCAUCGCCAUUAAUUCCAGAAUCCAGGAUCAGUUAGGGCCAGAGAAGUACUAUGCAAACAGUCUUACCAGUGCUGUCAAUUUUACAAUUCAUUUCUCAUCAACUGUUAAGGAUUCAUAAAUCAUCAAGUAAAUCAAGUUAAAGUAAUCUGUGAUGCUUUUGUAUUAAGUAAACCUAUCUUGGUAAUCAUUCAGUUCAUACAAGUAUAGUUAACAGUUGUGUCCAAUUAUAUUAAGUCAAAUACACGGUUAUCACACCUGAAUAAGGGUCCCCUCAUUUUCCCUGUUUGUUUGUCACUCACUGUCUUUGACAGUCGCUCGUUGUCCUUCAUAGUCAAAGUGAAUUUGUCAAGUUUUUGGUUGUUUGAAUCAUACUUUUAGGUCCAAGGCAAUCUUAGGAAGCUGGGCUCAAAGAGAAAUUCUAAUCUAGAAAAUAUAUACUCAUAUUACCUCAUGUUCAAUUUGAAAAAAAACACAUUCUUGUGCAAUUUUUAUGGUUUCUUACAUAAGAAUGAAAUUUUAGUAACACAUAUUAUAUUUUUUCAUUUUGUGUUUCUAUGCAAUCGGUGCCAUGACACUGAAACCUGUAGCCAUUGUGUAGGACAGACUCCAAGGUGGACACAACAGUCAUCAACUAUACUUGAUAUGGAUUUAACUUCAAUGAAUUUUAGAAAACAAUAAUCAAGACUUGAUGAUAAUUAAUUAGAAGAUGGAGUAUUAUUGAUGAUUAUAGAUUCCAUAACUUACAUCCAUCAUUGAAGCUGAUCAUUGUGCAUGAGUGUGUGAAGUAGGAUAUAUGAAAGCCCAUCUUAUUGCCUGUAAUCAGCUAAAUACAUAUCUUCAUCUGUAUUCAUUUUGUACAGUGUAAAUGCAAUGUUUACUUAUUUGUGAGUUUGCAUAUUUAUUUUUAUGUGCGAGCUAAACUGAGAUAUUAAUGUUUUGUUAAGCUUGUAAAUAAUAUACAGUUUUUUUUGUAUGUGUCACUUUGUGACGUCCGCAAUCAAAAUAUGAAGUUAGAGGCAAAAACUAGUAAAGGAUACUUUGCAAUAAAAUGUCAAGAAUGA